AUGAAAUGUUACGAUCAUGAUCCAGCUUUUGCACGUUUUGAAAUAUGUAAAUUGAAAGUUGUACGACGUGGUGUGGUGUCAUUAAAUGUUCGGGUUGGCUUAUAUCAGACACCCGUGACAAAUACAAGUAUUAACAUAGCCGUAUAUAAACGUGCCAAUGGCUAUCGACCCUUUCUUUACAAUAUCAGCGAGGAUGCCUGUGCAUUUUUAGCCAAUCGUAAACGUUAUCCAGUUUUAAAAGUUUUAUUGGAUGUUCUCUUAGCCAAAUCAAAUUUGAAUCACACCUGUCCUUUUACUGAUGCAAUUGUUGUCAAUGAUAUGGUAUUGGAAGAUAAGUCGUUUAAUUUUUUACCAGUACCGGAAGGUGAAUAUCUUUUCAAAAUGAAAGUUUUCGCCUACAAUGAUUUAAAGGCUACCAUUGAAGUUUAUGUUUAUCGCAGAGAAUGA